AUGAACCUAAGCCAGGACGAGAUCCCCAACGUGCCCCUCAGCCCGCCAGAGUUUCCUCGAUUCCCAUUUGAAGAGCGGCGCAACAUCUCUCCCGCUUGCUCAGCCUGCACCGCAGGGCUGUGGUGCGCCAAUGUCUCGGAGCCCCGGAGCCCCCCGCGCCUGGUGGACGCGUGGCUGGUGCCCCUCUUCUUCGCCGUGCUGAUGGUGGUGGGCCUGGCAGGCAACACCCUGGUGAUCUACGUCAUUGCCAAGCACAAGCAGAUGAGGACGGUGACCAAUUUCUACAUUGCGAACCUGGCCGUCACGGAUAUCAUUUUCCUGGUCUGCUGUGUCCCGUUCACGGCUGUCCUUUACCCUCUUCCAGGCUGGAUAUUUGGGGAGUUUAUGUGCAAAUUUGUAAAUUACAUCCAACAGGUCUCUGUGCAAGCCACAUGCGUCACCCUCACUGCCAUGAGUGUUGACCGUUGGUACGUGACCGUCUUUCCCCUCCGGGCCCUGCGCCAGCGCACCCCCUUCGUGGCGGCCACUGUCAGCGUCAGCAUAUGGGUCGGUUCUUUCGCCGUCUCCACCCCGGUCUUGGUCUACAACCAGCUGACCGAAGGCUACUGGUUCGGCCCCCGAACCUACUGCAGCGAGACCUUCCCGUCCACCGCCCACGAAACGGCCUUCAUCCUGUACAAUUUCCUCGUCGUCUACCUGCUCCCUUUGCUGACAAUCCUCCUUUGCUACACCGCCAUGCUGUACCAGAUGGGGCGCCCGACAGUGGAGACCUCUGACAACCAGUACUGUCAAGUCCGCCAGCUGGCCGGGGGCUCGGAAGCCGUGCGGGGCAAGAUAUCGCGGAUGGUGGCCGCCAUCGUCGCCCUCUUCGCCGUCUGCUGGGGCCCAAUGCAGCUGCUGAUCCUCGCCCAGGCCUUCGGCUCCGGCUUCCGGCGCAACUAUUACACCUACAAGCUGAAGAUCUGGGCUCACUGCAUGUCGUACGCCAGCUCCUCCCUCAACCCCAUCGUCUACGCCUUCAUGGGCGCCAAUUUCCAGAGGUCUUUCCGGAAAGUCUUCCCCUUCGCCGCCAAACGCCGGGUGGGCAGCUGCGAGGCGGCCGUCCGGCCCGGCGCCAACGUGGAGAUGCAGUUUGUCUCUUCGGGGAUGUAG